AUGGAACUCAAGGUGUGGGUGGAUGGUGUUGUGCGGGUGGUUUGUGGCUUGUCAGAGGAAACUUCCUGUCAAGAGGUUGUCAUCGCACUAGCACAAGCUAUUGGUCAAACAGGUCGAUAUGUUCUGGUCCAGAGGCUCAGGGACACAGAGCGCCAGCUUCUGGCAAACGAGCGACCGCUUGAAUCCUUGGCCAAGCUCGGCCAGCAUAGUAAUGAGGUCCAGUUUUUUCUGCGUCGCACGGGCCCGAGUAGCAGUGAAGGCGGGAGCCAGGACCGAAGCCUCCUUCUUAACCGACCCCCUGAGCCAGAGCCCCCUAAACCAAAACCAAAAAAGUCUCUAACUUUCAAUCUUGGACCAUCAAGUUCUCCCAGAACCAAACCCAAGCAUACUCAAAAGUCGCCCAGAGAUUCUCCUGAGCAGAGGGCUUCUCCGGUCUCGUCCUACGUCGUUCAGUCCAAAGAGGAGGUGUUCCGACAAGUUCUGCAGCAGCAAGAGAGACUCAAAGCUCUCGAAGCCCAGAUGGAGGCUCUGGAACACGAAAGCCAGGAAUGGGAGCAGCCCUCUGCCCCCGAGUCCCGCCUGCAGGAAGAACUGGACGUGUUGGAGCGGACUCUCCGACAGAACCAGGCCGAGCUGGCGCAUGAGGACUACUGGGAGGAAGAGCUACGCGUGGAGACAGAGCGGGAGCGCGGCAUGAGGCGGCGGCUUGGAGAACUUCACGCUAAGCUGGACGACUGUGGCCGACGGCUUCACGAUUUCAACACCCGAUCCAUGCAGCUUGAGCAGGACAUCCAAAGGGAGAGCCUUGCAAGUGGGGCCCAGCCUGGCCAGCUGGGGUCAGAUGAAUCAAUGGAUAUGGUGAAAGAAGAGCUGCAUAACCAGCAGAGGCACGGACUAGAACUGGAGACAGAAGUGACAGAAACAGAGAGAGCUUUGGGGAAGGCCGAAAUGCUGCUGCAGGCGAAGCAGGAGGAGCUAGAGGAACUGAAUAAGGAGCUUCGACAGUGUAACUUACAGCAGUUCAUUAAGCAGACUGGCAUCUUACCUGCCCAGUCACAUUCACGUCUAGAUCUCCACGAGCAGCUCGAGCAACUGGAGCUGGAUCAUUUACUGCAGGACCAAUACAGGAGCAGUGAUUCAGCCCCACGGCCUACGGCCAAACAGUUCCUGGGACACCCACGUAACCUCCAACAUCCGCUAGUGUCCAGCCUAAACCCUGAGGUCCUGACAUCAAGGGAGUCAUCAUGGAGGUAA